CACCAGCUCAUGGUGUAAGAGAGCCCAUAUUUCACUACCAACCUGGAAGAAAUUCAUCAUCACGAUACAUGCAGCAGGCGUCUGAGGGAAAACAUGUCGGAAAUAUAUUUUGCUGGUGCUAUUGCAGCAUUUACAGUAGAUGUCUUGGUCUACCCUCUCGAUACCAUCAAGACUCGUUUGCAGAGUCAAGAUUACCUCAAGACAUAUUCUUACAGCUCGAAAAAGAACAUAUGGGCUGUACGAGGACUCUACCAAGGGAUUGGAAGUGUAGUCCUGGCUACUCUUCCAGCAGCGGGUCUAUUCUUCUCGACAUAUGAGAGCGCCAAACGCAUCAUCGGCAAUGCGACGCCAUUACCACAACCUCUAGUUCACUCAGCAGCCUCGGGUGUGGCAGAGAUGGCAUCCUGCUUAGUCCUCGCACCAGCAGAGGUCAUCAAGCAAAAUGCCCAGAUGCUGCAAAAUGAUAGUCAUGGGGUUGGACGAUCUGGAUCUUCUACCUCCUUACAAGCAUUCCGUCAGUUGACCGGUGAUGGAGUAUCACGUCGCCUUUUUACAGGCUACACAGCACUCGUCGCACGAAAUUUACCAUUCACAGCUCUUCAAUUUCCUAUAUUCGAGCAUGUGCGAGCAACAUAUUGGAAAUCGCGAGGCUCCGGUUCUAGGGAGCCGGGGCUGAUCGAGACGGGGCUCGCUACGGGUUUAAGUGCCGGAAGUGCGGGAUCAAUAGCUGCUUUCAUAACGACACCGAGUGAUGUCGUCAAGACGAGGAUGAUGUUGAGCGCCGGAAAUCAGAGCGAGAAUUCGACACAAGGCCAGAGCGAAGUCGCAGCCAAGAUGGAGGGAAAGCAACCAAAGAAGGGGGCGUGGACUGUCUCGAGGGAGGUUUACCAAGAGAGGGGAGUGCGGGGAUUCUUCCGGGGUGCGGCUCUGCGAUCUGGGUGGACGAUGCUAGGGAGUGGACUCUAUCUGGGGUCGUAUGAGAUGGCCAAAGUUUGGUUGAGAAGGGGAAAGACAGAUGUGGAGGACGAUGUUCCGUUGUGAUGGUGCGCGAUAUUAGUUGUGAUAGACCAAUUAGACAUUCAACCAUAUGUUCUAGCGAUUUCUAUAUCAAUUGACUGACAUAAAGACCCCAAAGGAUUAUAUCACA